AUGCACGAGGAUCUUUAUCUGGGAGAGUUGGUGGGAAAGUCGCUGGAGGUCCGGAGUACACCAGAACGUGGACGUGGCCUCUAUGCCACGAAGAGACCAGUCGGGCAGCCGGCUCUGAUUUUCUCUGAGUCGUCCCUGGGAAAGAUCAUCCAAGUUUCCCCCGGCUACAAAAGAGGCCUGGCCUGUUCCUUGUGUGGACACGUCUUAGGCAGCCCAGUCUGGCAAUUGCAGAAGCUAACCGGUCUGCAAAGACGUGCAGAUAGUGACAUUCUGAACGAGAGCUUGUCUGAAAUUUUGGAGGGACAGCCCUUGUUCUCGAGAGUCCCACCAUUGUUCUGCAGCACUGCCUGCAUGCACGAGCAUGAACGAAUACUCGGACGUUUGAGGAGUCAGCGGAAGGCUGCGCGACUCUUUGCGCGCUACUCCCGGAAAGUGGGGUGUGUCUUUCAUAUGCUGGCGCUAAAGCUCUUGUGCUGGUGCAUAGCCGAAGUGGACAGAUUCCCUGAUCGUGCUGCUGCACCACUGAGAGCUCUCUGCUCUCGGCUUUAUUGGGAGGCCGUCGAUAUGCCUGCAGAACCUGAGCAGGCCGCAUUCAAGGCCAAGUUGCAAAAAGAAACAGAGACCUCCCGUCAGCUGGCCUUGAGGGCUUUAGGGCCUGGACUGGAGCUACUACCGAUCGAUUUAAAGCACUUUCUCGAGCCUGUGGGUUAUGCCAAGCUAUUGGGUUCGCUUUGCUCCAACUGCACGAGUGUCAAGUACAUAUCUCCGGUGCUGCAGUACAUUCUCCAGAUAGACGCCAUGAAGGACGGUGCCUGCAAGACUGCUGCAAUACGGGAGCUGGAGCCGUGGAUUCGGUCCCUGGCCAACAAUCCGCUGGACUUGGAUGGGAGUGAUGUUGGCGAGGCAGCCGGCGAGGACGAGCAGAAACUUAUUACCUGGAGUGCAGCGAAGCCUCUACACUUCUCAACUUCUCUGAUCCCACCCUUCCGUGGCUACGCCAUUUUUCCUCGCAUGGCACUGAUGAAUCAUUCUUGCAAGCCCAGCUGUGGAAUCGAGUUCGACUUCGCUGGACGCAUUUUCGUUCUGCAACAGCCCUACGUCGACAUCAAGCCAGGUGUUGAACUCACAAUCUCCUAUCUCGACUCGUCACUGGAAUCAGAGGAGGACCACCGAGUCAUGGGGAGAAAGCGACGACGAGACCAGCUGCUACCCUAUGGCUUCGUGUGUGACUGUGACUUGCUUUCGAAAUCCAUGGAUGCUUUGCUGGCUCUGCCUGGUUGUUGGAGGACUUGUUUGGACACAUGUCUAUGUGCCGAUGCCGAACCGAGGUGUGCUUUGCAGCGGCCGCACAAAACAGAAGAAACGCGUCAAAACUGGACCAACGCACGAUUGGAUCGACUCUAG